CGGGUGUCGGCGUGAACGUCGCUGAGCGGCGAAUGGACAUUAAAAGGGAAUGUAAUGUUCUUCUUCCAAUGCCUGCUUUCUUCUGUCAUAUAAUAUCUGCAACGGAAGCCGGAUGUUAAGGUGAUGUGAUGACAGAGCUAGCAGUUGGGACAGAUCCAAGCAGACUGUCUGCUGCACACUGAACCUACUGGAUGCAACACAUUAGAGCCUACAGACAGAAUGGAUUUCCCUAAUUACACUGAAGGGGUGUUUGCCACAAGCAGCAGUGGUAAUGAUUCCCUGGAGACCACUAAAGUUCCUCCCACUAAGAUCCUGCUUACGCUGACUCUGUCUGUACUGGCUAUCCUGACUACAUUCUUCAACUGCCUGGUGAUCACAGCUAUCGCAGUCACGCGCAAGUUGCACCACCCAGCCAACUACCUCAUCUGCUCAUUAGCAGUGACCGACCUGCUGGUGGCUGUGCUGGUCAUGCCCUUCAGUAUUAUGUACAUCCAGAAAGAGACCUGGGGAAUGGGCCAGGUGGUGUGUACCAUCUGGUUAAGUGUGGAUAUCACUUGUUGCACAUGCUCCAUCCUGCACCUUGCUGCAAUCGCCAUCGACCGUUACAGGGCCAUUACAGAUGCAGUGGAGUACUCUCGUAAACGCACGGGGGCCCGGGCUGGGGCAAUGGUGGCUGUGGUGUGGCUCCUGUCCAUCCUCAUAUCACUUCCUCCUCUAAUAUGGCGGCACUACAGCGGGGAUGCAGAGCAGGUAGACCAGUGCAUCAUGAUGCACCAUCACAUGGCCUUCACCUUGUACUCCACCCUUGGAGCAUUUUACAUCCCCCUGCUACUCAUCCUCAUCCUAUACUACAAAAUCUACCGGGCCGCUCAGACCCUAUAUAUGCGCAGGGAGGCCAGCCGGGCCAGCCGACACUCAUGUAUGACCAAUGGGAGCAUGAUCCCGUCGUCCUACCCUGCUGGAGAUGGCAACGAUGAUGGGGGACCUCGAAGUCCGGAGCCCAAUAGCCCACCAGAAAAGUCUUUCUCUGAACCCUCAACUGAGGAGCCUCCACGUGAGCGGGUGCGUAAAACGGUGAGGGCUUUCCAGGGCAAGUCGCGCCGGAAGGAAUCACGUAGCGAGUCACGUAGUGAAUCACGUCGGAGCCAGUUAUACCAAGGACCACGGAUCUCAGGCUCACGGGAGCGCAAAGCGGCAUCAAUGUUGGGGUUGAUAAUAGGGGCCUUCGUCAUCUGUUGGUUGCCAUUUUUUGUCAAGGAGGUGAUCGUCAACACCUGCAGCUCUUGCAGUACUUCGAUGGAGAUGGCUGACUUUCUGACAUGGUUGGGCUACCUUAACUCGUUAAUCAACCCUCUUAUCUACACCAUCUUUAAUGAAGACUUCAAAAAAGCUUUCCAAAGACUCGUUAGGUGCAGUCAUUACCUCUGAUGGUUACAAUUACACAUCAGUAACAUGUAACCGGGUGACGAAAACCUAAAGGCUGGAAGAGUACUGACUGAAUACUGACUCACUAUGCCAGAGAGACAAUAAGGAUUGACACCCAUUUCCAGACGCUCCACCAGGCGCUCCAACAGCCUAAAUGGCACCAGCUCAGCAAUGAGCUUUGCAGCAAAGUUCCAUAUUGAAAUCCAAGUCCUGCUAUUAAUAGAACUGCUUUCAUUGAUCUUAAUUGGUGUAUUUGAAAGGACACUGAGGUGUUAGUUUUUAGGAAAUGGGUCAUCGCUGACCUUUUUGAGGUCUUGGUUUCUGAUCAUAAGUGAUCAGCCCAUUAAAGGGCCUUUAAAUAGCUGACCAUUACUGCUUUUCCAUCUAAUGACCUCCCUUCUAUCGAGUCCCUGCUGCUGGCUAACAUGUGUAAAAUACCACAGCAUACCAAGUUGUGAAUUUCUGUGGCCAUGGCGUUAGAGGGGGUAACUUUUAUCCGAGUGACUGUUGCAGUCGAUGUUAACAGAAAGUGUUGUUGAAUGUGAUAUGUAUUCAGAAAAACACGGCAAAUGAUACUGGCUUAGUUCAUUUGGCGAUCCAAAAGUGGGAAGUUAUUGCCUGUCUUUCAUAAAUAUCAAAAUGCUGUACUUAACAUACCAUGUUUUAAAUUUUCAGGAUAAAGAGAUAAGAAUGCCCUCAUUGUGAAUAAAAUGUUUUAUGAUUGUAGACCAAAUGAUACCAUUAAUAACACUUUCUGAAUUAUACAACAAAAAAAUGACUCGGGGACCAAUAUAAGGAUUUAGCUCGUUUAAACUUUCACUACAAAAGGUUCACUUUUGGAGAGGGUUCAAGGUAUUGGUGACACUGCCUCUUUAAUUUAUGUUUUUCACAGCCUUUUAUGUUCCUUUAAGUUAUUUCUUGGGGUAGUUAUUUAUGUAUCUAUUCUGGAGCCAUUAAGCACCACAUCAACCCUCAUCUCACUCCCACGCCAUAGCCAGCAUUAUAGGUCAAUACAUGUGAGAACCAACGCUGCAGAAAUCCUCAUUACGUUAAUCCCACUAGAAUACUUGGAAUAAAACUACAAUUACUUUACUGUCUACAAGAGGGCAUGCAAUAUGUUGAUAGAAAUAUAGUGGAUGAGUCAUGUGUGAGGGUGUACUGUAUGCCAGAAAGAUAAUACAAAGUGUGUCAUACUGUACAUGGCCAUACAUCUCUGACAGUAUGACCGGUAUUUGUAUACUGUUUCUUUCUUUGUCUCUCACUGUCUCAAUAAUCGAUAAUAAAUAGCCCACAUAUGAAUGA